CAACUCAUAGUUGUGCAAUUAGGUUUGGCUAUCGUCAGGCAAGUUUCAACGCGUCGCGCUCGUGUCUGUCCGAAAAACAUCAUUGCAACCUGGCCUUCCGCCACUUGGUAUGAACUCUCCGCAGCGCCAGGAGUAUUCUUCUGCUCGUUUUGUUACGAAGAGCACAUCGCGGCAACUCGGUUCGGUCAGGCAUGUAGAGAAGUUCCUGCCUUCCCACCACGUCCGAUGAGAUGUGGUUAUUGGGCGCCACGCGUACGAAUUCUCUUCAAUGGGGCCCUCAAGACUGGAGAUUUGUCCCCACUUGUUGCAUAUCUCGAAAUUAGGGCCUCAAUGCCUGACUGUUUAGGGAGCAGAGGGUACGUUCCAGGCCCUGAACCACGCAUGGAAUGGUUCACUCUCAAAGUGGAUCCCAACAAUCCUAAUGAUCCCUUGUCCGGUUUCAUCGUUUGCCGUGCGUGCUAUGAGGAUGUCGUGAUGGCAACUCCUCAUUAUACCCAUUUCCGAAAGCAUUGGCGCACUCAGUUGCCAGACCAGGUGUGGACCUGCGAUGCGGGUAACGGGUGGGGUCGGCUUGUAUUAAAUCCAUUUGUUUCCAACAAUCAGGAUCUUGGGUGGAGUGCGGUUGUGACGAAGUUGUGCAGUGGAUUCAGAAAGAAAUGCUAUCGGAAAAGCAGGAAUCACACCGAGUUGUGGUGGAGACUCCGGGACAACUUGGAUAUCAAGUCUCUUGCCGUUUGUGACCCCUGCCAUAAGAGGUUUAUCGCUCCUUCCGAUUAUCUCACCGAGUGGGAACCCGUAUCGCAGUCAGAGCCACUCAUCUCGCCCUCUAAUCAGGAGCCCCUCCUGUCAUGUGCGAUGAGUGAUAGCCGCCUCCUAUGCUCUUGGGAAAUUGCCAGACUCUCAAGUCUUCCUAUGAGUACAUGGCGUGAGGUGGCCCUCGUCAUUCUCCAUUGCGAGCCCCGUACCCGGCAGGAAGAAAUUGGAAAGAAAUGGUAUCGGAUCACUUCAUCCCCAAACCUCUGUAACAUCUGUUCAGGUUGUUACUACACAUUCUUUUAUGCCCUCGGAUUCGGGUCUCAUUUCUAUCGUGACACUGUGAACCCGGACGAUGGAGCAACAUCGCAGCGGAGAAUCUGUGAUCUGUAUUCUUACUCUCCUUACUUCCCUACGCUUAUCCGAAAGCUUUAUGAAGCCGGUGCGGUCGGUGAUAUUGAUAUUUUCCUUCGGUAUGUCCGGGAGAGGAAGGACUUACGCCUUUGUCCACUUGGUCAUGUCGAAGCGGAUCCCGAGCGCAUGAGAUGGUAUGGGGACGGGGACAGCUUCAUUGCUUGCGAGGAGUGUUAUUUCGACGUCAUCCGUAACAGUUCGUUGGCCCAACACGUGCGGCGUUGUGACCCACGAAAUUCCCCCCAGUACCAACGGUGCACAUUAUGGUCGGACCGCAUGAGGACGCAAUGGGCGAAUGCUUGUCAACGUGGGGACCUGACGGAGUUCACAGAUUUCUGUAAGACUCGAGCCUGGGCUUUCAAGGAAACGAUGUUCAGGGCAAUACAGAUGAAUCGGGAGAUCAACACACAACGGGGGCUAGGAGCCGGGGAAAGAGGCGAGGCGAAGGCCACGAUAGAUAGGCUGUUUCAACAGUGGCAAGGUUGGUGUUAAUGCUUUCGCUCCAUAUAUGAACAUUCCGUGUUCUCCUCUACGUAGUAUUGUAUGGACGUAUAUGGGAGUCGACAGGAAUGAUUUUUCGCGUGUGCUCGUGCACUUACGCGCAUUAUGCUAUCUGUAAUGGCGAAAUCAACGGGGAAUUUUAGGGGAUAGCUGUUUGAUUUCCAUCCGCCGUUUGGCCUCGCUUCGUCUGGGCGAGGAAACCUCAGAUUCGUUGCAUUUCGGCAAACCCAAGUGCUAUAUAUAUUAUGCAUAUCCAUCGCAUUCACCC